AUGAAGAAGUUCGGCUUUGGGAGGAAGGGCGGCGGCGAUGAUGAUGACGAAAGCAGCCGCAGCGCCCUCUUCUCCCGCAAGAAGACAUCAUCGUCGGCCAAUCAGCCAGACAAUCCCUACGCCAAAGGUGCCGUCCCCGGCGAUCCGUACGCAGACAACGCAAAGUACGCCAACGUCGCGUCAUAUCAGCAGAGUAGUCAAAAUGCUAGUAGCUCCCAGCGCCCCGGCAUGGGAGGGCAGGCUCUGAGCCACUCUACGGCAGCUCAAUCGACCUCCGCCUACGGCAGCCCCGGCGGCUCCAGCGGGGGUGUUAAUGGCGAAGACAGCUACGGCAGCUACGGUGCCGAUCGAUACGGUUCCAACAAAGGAUACGGCUCCAACCGCUACGGCGCCAACAGCGGUACCAGCCCAGCGGCUGGGGCCAGAGGUCCCAGUGGAUAUGGCGGAUUUGGCCGCUCCGCCGACAACGCACCCGAUGAGAACCGCGACGCCCUCUUCUCCGGUGCCCAUGAACGACUCGCUCAGAAGCAGGCCCCUGCCUCCCACGACAUUCCCUCCUCUGGCUCUUACGAGCAAUCCGGCACUGCUGGGGGAUCAUAUUAUGGUUAUGGCGAAGAGAGGGAAUUGACCGCGGAAGAACAGGAAGAGGCGGAUUACCAGGCCAUCUUGGCGGAGAAGAGGCAACUACAGCAAGAGAGCUCCUCCUCAGUAUCUCGCUCGGUGCAGAUGGCACGUCAGGCCAAUGAAGUCGGUCAGGCCACACUUGCCCGACUCGGGGCACAGGGCGAGCGGCUCCACAACACCGAGAAGAAUCUGGAUCUUGCCGCAAACCAGAACAAGAUCGCCCAAGAUAGGGCCGCGGAGCUCAAGACGUUGAACCGAAGUAUGUUCGCCGUCCACGUAGGCAACCCUUUCACCUCGAAGCAGCGCCAGCAGAAGGCCGACGAUGAAGUUUUGAAUCGUCAUCGGUCAGAGCGAGACGAGCGAGAAAGCACCCGGCGAGACGGAUUCGCAUCCAAUCAGCGCAUGGAGAACACUUUGCGAGAUAUCAAUUCUGCUGGCCGUCAGCAGCAGCAGCAGGUUCGGAAGAAAGAUUACGGCAAGUUCAACCUUGAAGACGAAGAGGGUGCCGAUGAGAUCGAGGACCAGAUCAAUGAGGGAAUCGACGAGCUCCAGAGCCAGGUUUCGAUGAUGAACAUGGUCGGCCGAGCCAUCGGUCGGGAGGUGGAUUCACAAAACAAACAGAUUGACAGAAUUAUGACCAAGGUACGAUGUCCGGCCACGGCCACCCUAGUCCCCCUUGACGUUGAUGGCUAA